AUGGAGUCACUUCCAUGCAGCUUCUACAAACAGAACAACGUUGCCUACCUCAAACUUUGCUUGAUUAUAUUCAUGGGAUGUCUACCAGGGACAACUCACCUCUGUUCCAACCGAGUUCUGGCCACCUCAACAACUAUUCCGGACCGCUUAGAACCCUUCCAUAUUGCUUCACCCUUUCAAACACUAAGGCUUGAUGGUUACUUGAGUUUUGACAACAACCAUCACACAGCAAAUGACUUUGGCAACAUAUAUCAUUUCCAACCAUCAGCAGUACUAUAUCCACAAUCUGUUUCUGAUAUCUCCUCUGUGAUAAAGCUUAUAUAUGAAAUGGGUUCUGGUUCUGAGCUUACUGUUGCUGCUAGAGGGCACGGCCACUCCCUUCAAGGCCAAGCUCAAGCUCAUCGAGGCGUAGUCAUGAACAUGGAAUCACUGAAGGGAUAUCCAGAGAUGCAGGUUCAUGUUGGAGAGCAACCUUAUGUGGAUGUGUCGGGUGGCGAGUUAUGGAUAAAUAUUUUGCAUGAGACUCUCAAACAUGGACUGGCACCAAAAUCUUGGACAGAUUACCUUCACCUUACCGUCGGAGGGACUUUGUCAAAUGCUGGAAUCAGUGGUCAAGCAUUCCGGCAUGGACCCCAAAUCAACAACGUCCAUGAACUGGAGGUUGUCACAGGAAAAGGAGACAUAAUUUCCUGUUCCAGAAAGCAAAAUGCUGACCUUUUUAACGCUGUUCUGGGAGGGCUGGGACAGUUUGCCAUCAUUACAAAGGCUAGAAUUUCUCUUCAACCAGCACCAAAGAUGGUUAAGUGGAUCAGAGUGCUGUACUCAGACUUCUCAUUGUUUUCAAAGGACCAAGAGCUUCUCAUAUCUGCUGCAAAUUCAUUCGACUACAUUGAAGGAUUUGUUAUAAUUAACAGAACAGGUCUUCUUAAUAACUGGAGGUCGUCCUUCAAUCCUAAAGAUCCAAAACCGGCGAGCCAAUUCAACUCAAAUGGAAAAACACUCUACUGCCUAGAAAUGGCCAAAUACUUUAACCCAGAAGAAUCUCAUAUCGCGGAUCAGAUAACUGAUAUCUUACUGUCAGGACUGGAAUACAUCCCAUCCACCCUCUUCUCUUCAGAAGUUUCCUUUGUAAACUUCCUUGACAGAGUGCAUUUGUCUGAGAUGAAACUACGAGAGAAAGGAUUAUGGGAGGUUCCUCACCCCUGGAUAAACCUUAUGAUCCCUAAAAGCAAGAUACAUGAGUUUUCUGAAGAGGUCUUUGGCAACAUUCUCAAAAACAAUAUCAAUGGUCCUAUCCUCAUGUACCCAGUCAACAAAACAAAGUGGAACAACAUGACAUCUUUGGUUACCCCAGAUGAAGAUGUAUUCUACCUAGUUGCAUUCUUAUCCUCUGUGGUGCCAUCUUCAACAGGAUCAGAUCACCUUGAUAAUAUCUUAACACUAAACAAAAGAAUCUUAAAGUACUCUACUACAGCUAACUUGGGUAUCAAGCAAUAUUUGCCCCAUUACAGAACCCAAGAAGAGUGGCGAGCUCACUUUGGCUCUCAAUGGAAAGUUUUCAUACAGAGGAAGGCUUCUUAUGACCCUUUGGCAAUCCUUGCUCCUGGGCAGAGAAUCUUUAAAAAGGCGGUUCCCAUGGUAUGA